AUGAAAUAUUUGUCGAAAAGAAUAUCAGAGAUAGAAAUAUUGUUUGUUCUGUCAAUCAAUGACUUCAAAAUCAGCAAAAAUGAAAUCGAAGAAUGGACUUCGUGGUGUCCAUGUGUUCCCUGGAUACUAAACUUUUUCUAUGACAAUACAGAAAACUCCCCUACACUUUCUAAAUCAAAAGCUGCUGUUUUAAAGGCACAAAGAGAAAAUUGCUUAAAAGCUCAUAAUUACUAUCGUGCGAAACAUGGUGUACCCAAACUGACACUAGACAACGACAUAACUGAAUUCAGUCAGUGCUCUGCAAUUGAAUACUUAAAAAGAAAUACUAUAACAGAAAGCAAAGAGAAGAGUAGUUAUGGCACAAACAUUUACAAGUACGAACAUGCAGAUCCUACUUACAAAUUAAGUGCCAUUGAAGCAGUGGAGAAGUGGUACCAGCAAAUAUUAUUAUACGAUUUCAAAAGUUCACAAGGUGAUGCAAAAACGUCCAAUUUUACCCAAGUAAUAUGGAAAAGCACUACACAUCUCGGAGUGGGCAUUGCCAAAGAUGGUAAAACAACAGUUAUUGUUUGUCACUAUAAACCACCAGGAAAUGUGAAAGACAAGUAUAAAGAUAAUGUUCCUGCUUUACUGCCAGAACCUGAACCAAAACCCGUAGUCAAGAAACAGGUUGGUCCCAAACUAAGUCCACAAAUAAAGAAUUGUAUUCAAACGCACAAUGAGUUUAGAGCCAAACACGGGUGUCCGCCUUUGAAAUUUAAUCCGAAAAUCAGCAAGUUCAGUCAAAGAUGGGCCGAUCAUUUGAUGAUGAAGGGAUUAUUUAAACAUAGUGUAACGCAAAAAUUCGGCGAAAACUUGCACGUUUACAACACCACUGAUUUAAAUUACCAGUAUACGGGGAAGGAGGGUGUUACGGCUUGGUACGAUGAAAUAAAAUCGUACGAUUUCAAAAACCCUAAAUUUACGAAAGAAACUGGACAUUUUACACAACUUAUUUGGAAAGAUACGAAAGAACUGGGGAUAGGGAUAGCUCAGAAAAAUGGCAAAUUUAUACUAGUGUGCAACUAUCGUCCACCUGGAAAUGUUGAGGGAGAAUUUGAGAAAAAUGUACCGAAUAUUUCAAAUAAAAAGUAAAUAAAAAUCA